UGACGUCACUCGCAGAGUUGUCAUGGCGUCUUUGGGACCGAAGGUGCUGCUGCUGCAAUUUAGCUAAAAAACAAGCUGUCGACGGUGCGUGAGCCGACAUGGAGAAAAAUGCAAACCUGCACCGAGACGCCGACGGGAGCUCCGUGUGCGCCACGAUCGCGCCGGAGAUGGGCGACGUCUCGGUCGGCGGCGGAGUGAAAGGAGCCGCCGAGAAAUGCAGGAAUAGUGCGGCUCCCCUCGGUACUUUGGUGGACGCUAGUUGUAGUGACAGCACCGCGGACGUUGCUGCUCCCGGCGCCGCUCCUGUCACGUCCAUCGUCGGGAAGCCUGACGCGUCGGUGCCGGUCCAGGUCCCCCCCGCGCAGGAGGCUGCGAAACCCGAGGGGAGCGGAUCUGGGUCCGGGGAUCGGAUCAGUAACGGGAUGGGGCAUGACUCGGUGCUGCUGGCCGCAGGAGAUAGAGAGGGUGGUGCCUCAAAGUUAGUAAACAACACAAGCGAUGGAGCGUCCUCGCCUCCCGCAAAGGAGAGCGCAGGUUCGGCUUGUGCGGGAAGUGAAGCGACUAAACUUGCCAAGCCGACGCAUCUGUGUCCGGACAACGCGACCACGGCGGACGGUAAGUCCGGCGAUCGCACCUUAUCGGAGGGAUUGCCGAGUGGGAGUGACCGCGAUCCCAGCCUCGGCGGAGAGUCCCGAAGCAUCGAUUCACUCGAGUCCUUCUCCAACCUCAACUCGUGCCCCAGCUCGGACCUGAACAGCGAGGGGCUGGAGGACCGGGGGCUGGCCCUGGCCCUGCAGGGCGAGUACGGGGCCGAGGGGUCGAAGACCGCCUGCAGCAAGGACCGGGCCGCCGGACAGUCCAUAUACCACAUUAAGUGGAUCAAGUGGAGGGAGGAGAACACCCCGAUCAUCACCCAGAACGAGAACGGCCCGUGUCCAUUACUGGCAAUUAUGAAUGUCCUUCUGCUCGCAUGGAAGGUUAAGAUGCCACCCAUGAUGGAGAUCAUAACCGCUGAGCAGCUGAUGGAGUAUCUAGGAGACUACAUCCUGGAAACCAAGCCUAAAGAGAUAACUGAGGCUCAGCGGCUAAACUAUGAGCAGAACAUGAGUGAUGCCAUGGCCGUGUUGCACAAGCUGCAGACCGGUCUGGAUGUGAACGUGAAGUUCACGGGGGUGCGAGUCUUCGAGUACACCCCAGAAUGCAUUGUGUUUGAUCUGCUGGACAUCCCCCUUUACCACGGCUGGCUGGUCGACCCCCAGAUGCAUGACAUUGUCAAGGCAGUGGGCAACUGCAGCUACAACCAGCUGGUGGAGAAGAUAAUAUCCUGCAAACAGUCAGACAACAGCGAGCGGGCAGGUGAAGGCAUCGUAGCGGAGCAGUUCCUGAGCAACACAGCCACUCAGCUGACGUACCAUGGCCUAUGUGAGCUCACAUCCACCGUACAGGAGGGAGAGCUCUGUGUCUUUUUCAGGAACAACCACUUCAGCACCAUGAUCAAAUACAAGGGCCAGCUGUACCACCUGGUUACAGACCAAGGUUUCCUGACAGAGGAGAAGGUCGUCUGGGAGAGUCUGCACAACGUCGACGGAGAUGGCAACUUCUGUGACUCCGAGUUCCGGUUGCGGCCGCCCUCCGAUCCAGAGACGGUGUACCGCGGCCAGCAAGAUCAGAUAGACCAGGACUACCUGAUGGCGCUCUCACUGCAGCAGGAGCAGCAAAGCCAGGACCUACAGUGGGAGCAGCUCCCCGAGGGCAUCAGCGACCUCGAGCUGGCGAAGAAGCUUCAGGAGGAAGAGGACCGACGAGCCUCCCAGUACUACCAGGAGCAAGAGCAGGAGCAGGCGGCGGUGGCGGCGGCGGCAGCGGCACAGGGCCAGCAGGAGGCUGCGGAGGGAGACGAGGCGGACAGAGGAGGUGCAGGGGCAGGUGGUGCAGCAGCCGGCGCCGGGACGGCAGCAGCAGCAGCUGGAGCCACGCCCAGCCCGGGAAAGCAGUCCUCAAGUGGGGAGCGCAAAACCAAGAAAGAAGCGAAGGAUAAAGACAAAUGUGUUAUUUUGUAACAUACAGCGUGUCUGUGUGUGUGAGUGUGUGUGUGUGUUUUGUGCAUUUGCUAAUCUGUGAGGAAAGGGACAGCAUUUGUUUCUCCGUGGAAUGGACACACAACUCGGAGCCCCACUGGAUGACAAACAAGGGAAGGAGACAAUUUAGGAGAGACUAAGAGAGGAUUUGCUGUUCCCAAACCACUGGUGCCUGCUAUCCUCUAAACCUAGACAUCAGAGGAAGGGACACGACAACAACAACUACCCCUUAUCUUUCAUAGAGUCGGCCAAACUUUGUUACAAGUUGCACAGUGCACUAUAUUUGUGAUGUGGGGUCAAAUUUAUCUGGGUUGGUAUAUUUUAUAGCAAAAAUAUAUAAUCUUAAGAAACAAAAUGUUAUGCUUUCACCAUAAUCUUUUCCAAAAAAACACCCAUCGUACAUUUCACUAAUUUUUCAUUAUUGCAGUUUAUAAGCUUUUUUUUUUUUUUUUUUUACUUGUACUAAAUAUUUACAAAACGUUUGUAGACAAAAACCCACAUGUUUGUAUUGUUUUUUGUAAGUUUACUGUCGAUGCCAAGAUUCACAUUUUAUUUAUGUCUCUGUGUAACACAAAGCUUUUGGGAGCAUUUUUUUUUUUUUCUUUAAGCUGAAAGGGAUUUCUUUUGUUGAUAAUUUGCCUGUUGGAACUCACAGUGACACCGUUUGUGUCCCCUCUGAAACACUAUGGAAACACUCAAUGCCAGAUAGCUGCCAGAUACUGUAGCUUCACAACAAUACUCAUCACAGCUUGCCCUGUUCAGAUUUGCCUUAACAGAGAGUGGCAGUGUCGUAUCCUGCUCUGUUUGAAUGUGUAUUUGUUUCCAUGUGUAUGGUUUGUACAGUACAUGUGUGCUACGUGGUAAAGCGGCGUGCGGCUGGCAUGUGUCAUUUAAUUGGAAAUAGCCAAACUCUUUUACGCUGUGUUAGUUAAGCUGCAAAUUCGGGACAUUUGAUGUCCUUUGUGUUGUGAUAAUAUGUCACACACACAAACAAAAGUCUGGGUCAAAUUUUGAUCGGAGCUGAUGCUCCUGUGUGAGACACAACGAGCUGUUGGCAGAUUAGAUUUGUAUGAGAUUACACCCAGUUUGGAGUGUGGUGGUUCUGAAAGACCCUCUUCUUCCUCACAGUCACACAGUGUGUGUGUGUGUGUGUGUGUGUGUGUUUUUGUGUUUGCGCAUGUGUGCGUGUGUUCCUGUACUUUUAUCUUUGUGUGGACCAUUUUAAGCAU